GUUCAGUGUGAAAUGCCGAAAAUCGGUUUCGUGCCGGGUGAAACGAUAGUUAUUAACGCAAAUAUUCAGAACGAUAGUUCGAAUACCAUAAAUAAGGCACAUAUAAAAUUGAUGGAGUACUCGAGAUAUGUUGCUUAUGAGCAUGGAAACCUGAUUCGGCAAGGGGUUUUUAUACAAGCUUGUGGAUCCGACAAUCGUGAACUCAGAAGGAAGUUAGCUACUGGUCACCAGAUCAAAUUUGAGACCAGUGGAGCUCUUAAUAGUGACAUUGAAAUCAACUACCCGGUGAUAGUUGGCACAAUACCGGUUCGGCCACAAAAUCCAGCUCCAGUCAUUGUGGUACCAAGUGCUCCGCCUAUUAUGGAAUUCCCAUCAUCAUCUACCACCAGCCCCACUGUCCCAUCCGCUCCUCCAAUGGAAAGUCCUCCACCAUAUUAUGGAAGUAGCAAUGCUCCAGCAUUUCCACCGGCUCCGCCUACUUACGAAGAAUCAGUUCAAGGUGUUCAAGCCACUGCCAUUGAUGCAGAGAACAUAGAGAUCAAAUUCGAGACUAGUGGAGCUUUGAAUAGUGACAUUGAAAUCAACUACCCAGUGAUAGUCGGCACAAUACCGGUUCGGCCACAAAAUCCAGCUCCAGCCAUUGCGGUACCGAGUGCUCCACCUAUCAUGGAAUUCCCAUCAUCGUCUGCCACUAGUCCCACUGUCCCAUCCGCUCCUCCAAUGGAAAGCCCUCCACCAUAUUAUGGAAGUAGCAAUGCUCCAGCAUUUCCACCGGCUCCGCCUACUUACGAAGAAUCAGUUCAAGGAGUCCAAGCUACCGCCAUCGAUGCAGAAAAUAUAGAGCCGUUCGCUCCUCGGUAUCCUUUUUACUCUUCACUUACAAACAAUACAACGCAGAAGAAUGGAGCGUUAUGA